UGUUUGUUAAGAGAACAGAGGAACAUGGCUUCAUCCUUUCUCAGGGUCUCCCUGCUCUUCAUCAGCCUCUACACAGCAGAUGGAUUUAUGUAUUUUGUGACGAACCGUUGUGAGUUUAACUCGUCUGAUCUGAAGGACAUCGAGUUCAUCCAGUCGUUAUAUUACAACAAGGUGGAGCUCGUCAGGUACAGCAGCAGUGUGGGGAAGUUUGUCGGAUACAAUGAGUUUGGUCUGAAUCGGGCUGAUGACUGGAACAACAACCCUUCAUAUAUGAUUGGGCUGAGAGCUGCAAAGGAGUUGUACUGCAAAUUCUACAUUCAUCUUGCCUAUGACCAUGUCCUCUCUAAAUCAGUCAAGCCCUAUGUCAGACUGAGCUCUACGGAGCCCUCUGGUGGUAAACAUCCGGCCAUGUUGGUCUGCAGCGUCUACGACUUCUACCCCAAACAGAUCAGAGUCAAGUGGACCAGAGACGGACAGGAAGUCACCUCUGAUGUCUCUUCCACUGAUGAGCUGGCAGACGGUGAUUGGUACUACCAGAUCCACUCUCACCUGGAGUACACGCCCAGGUCUGGAGAGAAGAUCUCCUGUAUGGUGGAACACGCCAGCCUGAAAGCUCCUCUGAUUACUGACUGGGACCCGUCCAUGCCUGAGUCUGAGAGGAACAAGAUUGCCAUCGGAGCCUCAGGACUGAUCCUGGGUCUGGUCUUAUCUCUCGCUGGAUUAAUUUACCACAAGAGGAAGGCCCGAGGAAGGAUUCUGGUUCCCAGUAGCUGAUCCUGGACCUGGUUCUGGUCCUGUAGCUGUUUGUCAGAUGGAAUAAAAAGCAGCAGCUGCUUCAACCUGCUUUGUGUGUUUCAGCUCAGCAGACUGUCGGUCCUGGACCAUCUGCUGGACCGACUCUACUCCUGAUUCUCUGAUGAUCUGGACUCUGAUACUCAGCUGGUCUCAACCUGAUCCAGGACUGUGGUGUUACUCUGAUGGUCCUGGACCAGGUCUAAACCUGAUCCAGGACUGUGGUGUUACUCUGAUGGUCCUGGACCAGGUCUGAACCUGAUCCAGGACUGUGGUGUUACUCUGAUGGUCCUGGACCAGGUCUGAACCUGAUCCAGGACUGUGGUGUUACUCUGAUGGUCCUGGACCAGGUCUGAACCUGAUCCAGGACUGUGGUGUUACUCUGAUGGUCCUGGACCAGGUCUGAACCUGAUCCAGGACUGUGGUGUUACUCUGAUGGUCCUGGACCAGGUCUAGUCUGGACUCUGGUGUAUCCCAGCUGGAUCUGAACUCUGCUUCAUCUACAUGUGAUAUGAUUCUUUUCUGUGUGAAAUCAAUAUUUUUCAGCCACUUAUAUCCACAAACGUAAUAACUCUGAUCUUUAAAUCAGAUAUAAUCAGUUAUUUGAAUGAUUUGGGGGCUGGUAGGUUGUGUGAUUGUUAGAUUUAUAUAUUUUUACUGGAGUGGAACAUUUUCUAACCCUAAUAAACUGAUCAGAAAACU